GUUUUUCCCCCAUCUAAAGGCUGGCAUGAGAUUUCUCAUCUCGACAUCAAACCUGAUCAUCUUUCUUCAGCCGCACCUUUCACUCUUUGAAGAUGAUCCGCAUUCAUAACCCUCACCAUGUGCCAUUUCUGCAUCAGACGGAGCAGCUCCGCCAGGCCGGAACCCUUUGUGACACGCUUCUCAUUGUGGAGGGCCUUUCAUUUAAAGCCCACGCACUGAUACUAGCGCUGGCGAGCAAACGUCUCAAGCGUCAGCUAACAAAACAGCACGGUCCAGGGUACUGCUGCGUUAUAGAAAGAGUCUCUUCCCACACCUUCAAGCAAAUCCUAGACUAUGUGUACAGCGAAUCGCUGGAGGUGCCCAAAGAUGAUCUUGAGGAGCUGCUGAGGGGCGCUGAGUACCUGGAAGUGGAGUCUUUGGUAGAACAAUGUCAAGCACAACUUAGAGAUCCAGAAUCCCCAAAUAAGACUGACACAAAAGUGAUAAAUUCCCUCCAAGAUGACAAAGCACACAAGGACACUCGGUUGUCUAAAACUAGCCGCAAUUUGGAUGAAGACCACCUUGAUUGUUCUUUAGAAGAAGAACGUUCUUCCACCAAGAGGUCGGUCCACGAUGCACAUAAGAAGAGCUGUUCUCCCGUGUCUCCUCUGCCUCCCAUGUUCUCCAGUGACACCAUCAUCUCCUCCAGCUCUCCGUCUCCAAGCUCUCUCUUCUGCUGGCCGCCGGUCAGCUCGUCUAGGAGCAUGGUGUUAAACUGUAGAGAAAUUAUGACCUUCCACUCCCUUCGAGCAUAUCCCUACCCCACACCCAUAUACCCCAUCCUCCACCACUCGCUCCAGCCACAGGUCUCCUCCUCACUUAUGGGUUACACGGGGUUGCUUCACCCCUAUCACCCUCUCAUACACUCUCCUCCGCUGACUCAAGACAGUCCCUUCGUUCCUGGUCUGAAAGGAAAGAACGCCUCUAUCAGUGCAGCUUUAACGGGGUCCAUGUCAGAUGAUCAAGAGAGGUAA